CUGCUCGGGGCCUGUCUGUCUUUUUUUGGGGGUGGGUGGAGGGAGGAGGGAGGCACAGAUCUUGCAGCACACCUGCACCCUCAGACUCAGUGUUACUCCCAGAACUAACGGAGGCUUUGAAGCUGUAGUCGCUGGAGUUUCCGUAAGUUUUUAACAAUGUUAGGCAGCGGUAAGUCAGCGGCCACCAGCCCCAGAGAGGAGCCGAGGAAGGCGGCAGAGAAAACGAUGGACCCCGGCAGGAGGCUCGGGCUGGACAAUGACGACAUACGCCUGAUGAUGCAAGGCUCCAACAUGGUGAAAGUUCGCUCUUCGAGGUGGCAGAAGAGCCGAAACCUGCGGCUGCUGGAGGACGGACUCACCGUGUGGUGUGAGUCCACCAAGAGCUCCCGCAAAGCCAAAGCCCAGCAGACAUUCGCAGUGACAGAAGUGGAGUGUGUGCGUGAGGGCUGCCAGUCCGAGGCGCUGAGGCGUCUGUCUGGGUCGGGGCAGGAGAACCAGUGCUUCACAGUGGUCUUCAGAGGAGCCAGGAAGAGCCUGGACCUGCUGUGCCCCUGUGAGGACGAAGCUAAGCGUUGGGUGCGAGGGCUCCGCACUUUAAAGGAUCACGUGACCAACAUGACUCAGAAGGAAAAACUGGACCAUUGGAUCCGAGGCUACCUGAGGCGAGCGGAUCAGAACCAGGACGGCAAGAUGAGCUACGAUGAGGUCAAGCGGCUGCUUCAGAUGAUCAACAUUGACCUGAGUGAGCAGUACGCCCGCUCUUUAUUCAAGAGGUGUGACCGAUCCGGUGAUAAUCGCCUGGAUCACAUAGAGAUCGAGGAGUUCUGCAGGGAGCUGAUGCGACGGCCUGAGCUGGACGCCGUGUUCAGACACUAUUCAAGCAAUGGUUGUGUGCUCGCCACCGCUGAGCUGCGAGACUUCCUGGGAGACCAAGGAGAAGACGCCUCAUUGAAUCACGCCCAGACUCUCAUACUCACCUAUGAGCUCAAUGACUGGGCUCAGAAGAACCAGUUCAUGACCCAGAAUGGUUUCACCAUGUACAUGCUGUCGCAGGAGAACGAUGUGGUUAACCCUGACCAUACCAGAGUCUACCAGGACAUGAGCCACCCUUUGGCCCACUACUUCAUCUCCUCGUCGCACAACACUUACCUCACCAAGGAUCAAGUUACCAGUGCCAGCAGCAGUGAGCCAUACAUCAGGGCUCUGAAUCAGGGCUGUCGCUGUGUGGAGCUGGACUGCUGGGAUGGAGAUAAAGGUGAACCUGUCAUCUACCACGGCCACACUCUCACCUCCAAAGUGCCUUUCAAGGAGGUCAUUGAAACCAUCGCCCAGUACGCCUUCAAGGCGUCCCCAUACCCUCUAAUCCUGUCCUUGGAGAACCACUGUUCUGUGGAGCAGCAGGCUGUCAUGGCCAAACACCUCCGCGCCAUCCUGGGCAACAAACUGCUAACCAAGCCCCUCAGUGGCCAGCCGCUUAAAGACCUGCCUUCUCCUGAGGAGCUGAAGAGGCGUAUUCUGGUAAAAGGGAAGAAGCAGGUUUCUCACCUGAGCCAGUUGGGCAAGAAUGGCAGCUGUGCGAGUUUCUCCUCAAGCUCUGAAGAUGAACUAGCAGGCAGCACAAAGAACACACCCAAGAAAGAUCCUGCAAUGGUCUGUUCUAAACUGAGCCCAGCGCUCUCAGAUCUGGUGGUGUACUGCAGUAGUGUCCCCUUCCGUGGGUUUGAAAAUGCAUCUGGAAAACCCCCAAAUGAAAUGUCCUCCUUCUCUGAGAAUGAGGCCCUCAAGCUCAUCAAAGACUCAGGAAAGCUUUUUGUGAGACACAACAGCAAGCAGCUGAGCCGGAUCUACCCCUCCGGCCAGCGCCUCCAAUCAUCCAACUAUGAUCCUCAGGAAAUGUGGAACGGUGGCUGCCAGAUGGUGGCUCUGAACUUCCAGACACCCGGGGAGCAAAUGGACCUGAACCAGGGUCGCUUCCUCCCCAACGGUCGCUGUGGAUACGUCCUCAAACCGAGCUUCCUGUGCAGCCCCACGUCCAACUUUAACCCAGAGAACACAGGAGGAGGCCCUGGUCACGUCCCCACCCAGCUGACUAUACGAAUAAUAUCUGCACAGCAGCUGCCAAAAAUCAACACAGAGAAGGCCAGCUCCAUUGUGGACCCACAAGUGUGGGUGGAAAUUCAUGGGGUGGCUAUUGAUAAUACAAGAGACAAAACCCACCGCAUCGACAAUAAUGGCUUUAACCCACGAUGGGACUGCACUCUGAGCUUCCAGCUGCAGGUCCCCGAUCUGGCCCUGGUGCGGUUUGUAGUGGAGGACCACGACCACACUGCCAAAAAUGACUUUGUGGGGCAGUUCACUAUACCUUUCACAAGCCUACGAACAGGUUAUCGACAUGUUCAUUUACUGAAGGCAGAUGGUUCCAGUCUGUCCCCUGCCACACUCUUCAUCCACGUCAAAGUCCGCAAAGGAGUUCCCGUCAAAACUGUGUCCGAGCAUAUAGCCAUGGCCAAAAGCAAGGCAUGACGUGCAUCUGAACUAGACGGAAAACUGCAUUUUCUGAUAACAAAGGGCUUUGGAAAGGGAGCUCUAAAUGUGAGGAGAAAGAGAAAGAGAGGGAAAGACUGCUGCUGCUGCUGCUGCUGGCAGACGGUCUCCCAGUUCAGACCUCAAGUGGUCCAAUUUACACUGAGCCACUUCCCAAUGCAGGAAGAAAGAUGUCGUUUAUCAGAGAUAAAGAAGCGCGCUGCCUCUUAGCAAAUGAAUUGCCUCGGGCUGGAUAAUGAAUCCAUGAUACUGUGGUAGUAUUUGGUCUUGUCAGUGCUGAGUGUUCUGGAAACGGGGCACUGAGGAUUGUGGUUCGUGAUCCAUACUGAUAGGGGAUUUGUUACAAAAUUCAAUUUAUUGUUAUUAACUCUCAUGUAGGUUAUCCCUUAAUUUAUCAGACAGUGUGAAGAUGUGUUAUUUCACUGGUUCCCAACCUUUUUCCUUAAGGGACCCCCUUUUUCUAUCACUGAGUAAAGCCCUGACUAAGUGACACAUUUUAUGGACAAUUAGUAUAAUAUUCAGUGCAUAACAAUAACAGAACAUAACAACAGUACAAUUAACCCAAAUAGUGAACACAAUAACUACAGGACGUUUAUGUAAAAUGAGCGAUUUGGAUGAAUUUUGAGCAGAUUAUUUCCUGUUUUAUAUGUUUUAUUUUUUAGUCUGUUUUAUAUAUAUGUGUGUGUAUAUAUAGCAGGAUUACUCUUUUCAGAUACAUCACAUUACAGUGCAAGUUGUGCUUUUCAGCUGUGAAUAUGAUCUAUAGGCUGCUGCCUGGAUUUUCUUAAUGAAAAGUUUUUACACUUAGCAAAGGACAUUUUUAAGCUAAAGAUCUUGGCUUCCCCAUUUUCUUUUCUAAGCUCACAUUGUUCUGUUUCUAUUGUCUUUUUAGUGUUCUUUAGUGUUGAGGUAAUCCAAAAGUACUUUAAUAUUGUGAUACUUGGAUGAGAUUACUGACUACAUUUUAAGUUUAAAGCAACCCCUAUACCCACAGGGUUGCUGUGGGUAUAUUUUUAAAGUUGUUUUUUUACACCUCUUAAAAUCAAGAAAACCAUUUACAUUUUUCAUCUCGAACUUAAAGUACGAUGAUAAAUACUUAAAAAUGCUUAAUAAUAAAAAAAACGCACUAACUUAACUGAGGCUGGCUCAUAAGUGCUGUAGUUAGAAUACAAACAUGACUGUCUGUGAUUAAAAAAUGAUGAAUAUGUUUUAGAAAUGAUUGUUUUCAGCACUAAAUGUGAUGUAAUACAGAUGUAAAUGAUUGUCACAGGUUGUCUUGUCCAUGCAGACUGAACAAAAUGAGUAGUUAUUCUUACCUGAUACUCCAGAUACUUGGCACUUUUAAUUUCUCUCUAGAGAAAGAUUUUAUUUUCUGAGACAAAUGACAGUAUGUUUCCACAACUUAUGAAUUAACUUGAAAUUUUAACAGUAUUAACUUACAGACUGAUGUGUACUUGUGCUCUUAAAAAUGUUGUAUUUACCUCAGCAGGAUGUCAGUCAAAUAGUGUGUUUGGUUUUUAAAAAAAAUAUAUUUGCUUGUAGGCUCCUUGACAACUCUGCAUAAAUCAUGUUUGUUGCCAGUUCUUGUCCUUAACAUUUGGAUGUAGAAAUUUGUAUUUGCAACAAUCUAAUACAACCAGCAAUUACUGAAAGCUCUAGUGAAUCAUUUAAUAUUCUUACAAGGAGGUUCCCUGAUAAUAAAAUCGUGCUGUAAUGAAAGGUGUUGCACGUGGAUUACUGUAAUUACAGCAUAUAUGAUCAGGAUUGGAUUUCCAUAGCAUGUGACAAAUGAGUAAAGUAUGACUUUGCAGAUUUUAAAUCUUAUAGCCUAUGUUGUGUGAAUGGCAGUCUGUGUUUUGUGAGAAAAUACUGUUUUCAUAAAAGAACUAAUAACA